AUGACACAAUGGCCGUUGCUUUUCGCCAUCAUAUCUGAGCUUUUCGGACUAAAAUACUACUCCACACUCUACAAUUUCGGCUCAGUGGCGAGCCCAAUUGGGUCGUAUAUACUCAACGUGAGGGUUGCUGGACAUCUGUACGAUAAGGAGGCGAAAAAACAGAUGAGUGCUUUGGGACUCACUAGGAAGCGUGGUGAGGACUUGAAUUGCACCGGAGUGGAUUGUUUUAAAUUGGCUUUCAUUAUAAUCACGGGGGUGACGGUGUUUGGUGCGCUUGUUUCAGUUAUUUUGGUGGUUAGGACUAGGAAGUUUUAUAGGAGUGACAUUUACAAGAAGUUCAGAGAGGAGGCCAAAGCAGCUGAGACGGAGAUGGCACUGGGGGAGAACGGCGUCAUCGUCCGAUCAUCAUCGGGGACGAAGGGGGGUUGAAGAUUGACGAGAAUAUAUGAAAUUACAGGGUUUUUUUUUUGUUUUUUCGUUGUUAUUGUUAUUGUUGUUGUUGUGAGUUUGGAAAAUUGAGAGAAAUUAAGGAAGAUUGGCUAAGUGAUUCUUGAGUAAAAUGGUC